AUGCUGUAUACUUUAGCGGGAGGGGGCACGCUCUGCGGCGUUGCUGCCCUUGUGCUUCUUAUUGUUUCUACGGCAACAGACUUCUGGAUGCAGUAUCGCUACUCGGGUAGCUCAGCCAAUCAGGGGCUUUGGAGGUUUUGCAUCAACCACAAAUGCCAUGCCCACACCAUAACUGUAGCCUUCUGGGAUGCCACCAGGGCCUUUAUGCUGCUGGCUGUGCUGAGCUGCUUUGCUGGUGUGGUGCUCGGCCUGAGCGCUUUCACUAACGGCACCAAGAACAGGAGAGUCCGUACAGGCGGCAUUGCCCUGGUCCUGUCAGGUUUUCUUGCUCUGCUGGCUUUGGCAAUUUACACUGGAGUCACUGUCACUUUCUUCGGCAAACGCUUCUUGGACUGGCGCUUUUCCUGGUCCUACAUUAUCGGCUGGGUGGCCAUCAUUUUGGCUUUUGCAGCAGGCGUGUUCCAGCUCUGUGCUUACCAGCAGACCACUGCAGAACCUGCUCCGUCAAAUAACCCGGACAGCUGAACAAGACAAACAUGCUGAUUAGUUCCAGGACUGUUG